AUGGCGAACAACUCGGCGGGCAAGACUCACUCUGAGUCACAAAUAUACCUCUCUACCAGAGACGGUGACUACGGCCUCUCUUUCGAGACCGUUGUUUUAAAGGGACUUGCCGCUGAUGGUGGUCUCUUCUUACCCCAUCAAAUCCCGCUUGCAUCGGACUGGCGGAGCUGGAAAGAUCUCUCCUACGAGGAGCUGGCCUUACGGAUCUUCAGCUUAUACGUAUCAAGUUCCGAGAUUCCCGCGGACGACCUGAAAGCCAUAAUUGAUCGGAGCUACUCAACCUUCCGUGCGAAGGAGGUUACACCGUUGGUGCAUCUGCAGGACAACAACCUAUACCUUCUUGAACUAUUUCACGGCCCAAGCUACUCCUUCAAAGACUGCGCCUUGCAAUUUUUGGGAAACCUAUUCGAAUACUUCCUCGCGCGGAAAAACCAGGGAAAAGAAGGAAAAGACAGACAUCAUCUGACGGUAGUCGGCGCGACGAGCGGCGAUACUGGAUCUGCAGCGAUUUACGGUCUUAGGGGUAAGAAAGAUGUAUCCGUGGUCAUCCUACACCCGCAGGGUCGUGUCAGCCCCAUCCAAGAAGCGCAGAUGACAACUUGCUUGGACGCAAAUGUCCAUAAUGUUGCCGUGACGGGGACAUUCGACGAUUGUCAAGAUAUCGUCAAGGCUUUGUUCAGCGAUCCAGAUACGAACAAGACUUUGAAACUCGGUGCCGUUAACUCGAUUAACUUUUCGAGAAUUCUCGCUCAAAUCGUCUAUUAUUUCUAUUCGUACUUCUCUCUUGUGAGAAAGUCAACCACCUUCAACCUCGGUGAUCAAGUGCGCUUUGUUGUUCCCACCGGAAACUUUGGAGAUAUAUUGGCAGGCUAUUUUGCGUUCCGCAUGGGUCUUCCUGUGGACAAGCUCGUCAUUGCAACAAACGAGAACGACAUCCUCGAUCGCUUCUGGAAGACAGGUCGAUACGAAAAGAAGCCGGCGCAAGGUCAAGAGGCGGAAGGUGGCCUGGAAGUCGAUGGAGUGAAAGCUCACGAGGGUGGUGUACGGGAAACACUCAGUCCGGCGAUGGACAUCCUGGUAUCCAGUAACUUCGAGCGACUCCUUUGGUUCUUAGCGUACCAAUCCGCAGCCACCGGUGGCAGAGACGAGGAGUCGAACAGGAGACAGGCAGGCCGGGAAGUCAGUGCAUGGCUUAAGGACCUGAAGGUAAAGGGUGGAUUUGGCCCCGUUUCCAAAGACGUUCUCGACAGUGCACGCAGGUCAUUCGAGAGCGAGCGAGUCAGCGAUCCGCAGACCCUUGAUACAAUCAAAACCUUUUAUAAUAAGGUCGGGUACAUCCUGGACCCUCACUCUGCAGUCGGUGUCACGGCUGCCCUUCGGUCCCUGGAACGGGCUGACCCGAAUGUCCCGCACAUUUCGCUUUCGACAGCCCACCCAGCUAAGUUUGCCGGCGCCGUCGAACUUGCUCUCAAAGAUAAGGAGGGAUUUAACUUUGAGGCGGAGGUGUUGCCGCAAGAGUUUGUCGGCCUGGACAAGAAGGCCAAGCGCGUCAUUACAGUGGAAAAUGAUUGGAAGGUUGUCAGAGAGCUUGUCAAAAAGCAAGUCAAGACGGAGUCUCAGGCUCAAAGCACUUAAGCACCGGCUUUAGGGCGGAGCGAGGUCAUGUUUUCACUCCGUACUCCGUAGAUUUCUGUAUUAAUAUUAUUAGAGCCUG